GUUUAAAGCAUACUUUAUGGACUACUUUGAAUCCACUCCAAACAUAAGGGAUAAUUUCUGUCAUUUUCUCGUUAAUCUCCCAACCGUAACCCGUUACGAGAAUAAGGAAGUUUGUGUACCAUGGAAUCCAGCGACAAUAUCGCUGCUGUCUGAGGAUUGCCGUUCAGUUUUUUUGUUUGAAAAUUUUCAUUCGACACUGCCUUCAUUGACACAGAAUAAGAGACUACAUGAAUUACAAGGGCAAAAGAGGUUUGCAGAUCAGCUACCAGGCCAGUCGUCGCCGGCCGGAAACCGGUUGGACGACGACUGAUUCAUUUUGCAGCUCUUUAACCAAUUUCUUUGGAUCCAUAGUUUGAUGGUUAGAGGCCUAAUUGCUGGGUAAUUGGACUGACAAUAUUAAAUAAGAGAGCAUUUGCACUAGUAUUUCCCUUCGAAAUGCAAGCAGAGGUUUGAACUCUUUGGCUUGGUAUGGCAACUUUGCAUGAUGACAUCAUUCAGAUGUCUUCAGCUAUGGAGCCUAAACAUGUUACUGCAACCGAUGGAAAAUCAGGGACACCUCAUAGCCUUGCUGUUACAGGAGUUAAAGUCUCCCCUCGCGGUAAAACUUUAAGUUCUUCAGACUCUUCCUGCAAUACAUCACCUGACUCGACACUGAAUGACCCCUUUGGCAAGGCUGAUUAUGAAUCUGAUGAUUAUACUGCUAAUACUAAUAACUUACCCAAACUUGAUAAGGAUAACAAAUCACGGUUUUCAGAAAACCAAAGGCCUGUUUCUGGGAGCUCUACCAUAAGUAGCGAACGCUUAAAUCAUGAAGUGUCACCCUCCAUGUCACAGUCAGAAGUGACUCAGUAUUCUUCCAGGUUGAGCUCUGGCGAUUCAUCAACCACAGACUCACCUCCCGUGCAAGUAAUGGAGAACUCUGCUAACAAAUCUUAUAGGAUCCCUUCUUCAGUGUUUGCAAUAGAUGAGUCUGCAAACCCGGCAGAUUGGAGUACAGCUUCUCAUGAAUCAUUAUUUAGCAUUCACAUGGGAACUAUGAGUUUUACAAAAGAUGCUAGUUUUUGGCAGUCGGGUGAGCUAGGAACUCCUCAAAACUUCUCCAAAUCCCCUAUGUGUGACUUCUCUCCUUACCAGUCAAGUCCUGAGAUGGAAAUAGCUGAAGUGGAGGUUUCAAGGGGAAAUGAAGAUCUAAAUCAUGAAAGACCUCUUGCUGAGGGACGUAUUUGUCAUAAGUCAAUGGAAAGUGGAACCAGUACAACGUCUUUUGCAUUUCCAGAGCUGGAAGGGAAUCUGGAUAAAAAUUAUUCAGUGCGCAUGGCUGCUCCAAUUAAAUCUAGCCCAGAGCAGAAGCAACCUCAGGUAGAAUCACCAGAGCUGAAGCGACCUCAGGUAGAAUCACCAGAGCUGCAUACCGAACCGCUGCCUCAAUCAGAGCCAAAGACCCCGACAGCAACUGAAAAUGUAGAGAAAACGAAAUGGUUUCCCUGCUUCUCAUGCUGCUCUUUCGGUUCCUAGGAUUGCUUUCCUAAUAGUCCUUUGUUUCUGGCAAUGAAUCUUUAUGGUUUUAAGUGAUAAGUUGUACAGAAUGGUGGUUGCAUGGUUCAAGGAUUAAUACAAUUAGUCCCGAUGCGUGCAUGGCUGGCGAGUUUGUUAGUAAAGGAGCAACAACAUUCAUAAAAAGGAAAGUUUCGAAAUUGGAAUAACAAUGAACGAAGCAAUGACCAAUUAACUCUUGAAUAUAAAUUUUGUUUGACAGCGCUACUUCGAGGCAUUUGGUAAAGUAUGAUGACUUGAUCAUCCAGUUUACUGAUCUGGAUCUGUCCUUUGUUGAGCUGUGUGUUUGAUCCAAAAGUUCUAAUUAGAAGAUUAUGAAGGCCUUCAUUAAAAACUCUGCUUCCAUUUAUGAUGCUUGUGUCCAUGCAGAAGUCAGAUGAAGCAAAAGAAAGAAAGGACUAGUGGGAUUCUAAUGUUUGACUUGGUUGUGUCAAAGGUAAAUGAGCAGGAGCUUUUUUUUCCAGGUUUUGUACAUGUUUAUAAGUUUCCCCAUGCAUUUUUGACAUGAUCGGUUAGUUGUAAAUCAAAAUUUUCACUGUAAUUUUCUUCCUACUUCCGAUAGUUUUAUAUGUUCAUAUACAAUCUUGUCCUUCAAAGUUGCAUAUUUUGCUCUGUCUCCCACUUCUCUCUCCCUUUUCCCUUCUGGUGAUUAGAUUGCAG